GCCAGAGAAUUGGGCUCAAUGGUCAAACAUUUGUUGCUGCAAACCGACUGGCGGAAGACACACAUCCCUAAUUUGUACUGGUUAGAGUCUCAGAAAGCUUAACAUUACAUACCCUGUUUUGCCGACAAAACUGGUGUCCUCCGAGCCCUGAUCCGCGAACAGGGGGCCAGGAAUCUCAAGGCUUGCCUGGUCUGGACACCGGAGGCUACCGAGGUCUUUGUGUCACUGGUGCAGGAGCUGGCCUCUGCUGCGACCUUGGCCACUCCUGACUACACUCUGCCCUUCCAUCUAGAUGUCUCUAUUUCAGGGAAAGUUGUGAAUGGAGCUCUGUACCAGAAAAUGCAGCAUGGACGUGCAGUGUUGAUGUAUUGCAGCGUCCCCUUGGACAACAUUGAGCAACGACAACCCGAUUGUUCCAGGUAUGCGGCUGGCCUGGCGAAGGUCUUACUCAAAACAGCCCACACGGUCAUGGGGCAUCCAGUCUAUGUGUUAACUGAUCAUGCGGUCUCCUCGUUUGUCGCAUCGGCGGCAUUCACGUUGACUCCGCUGCGACAAACACGAUUGUUGAAAAUAUUGACUGCCCCAAAUGUCAACUAUGUCCAUUCCGGUGUGAACAUGGCCGAUCAAUUGUUGGUGGGACCCCAUGAGUGUGCAUCAAAGGUCCAGACGGUGACGAAAGUCCGACCUGACCUCUAUUCCACUCCGCUCGGGCACGGUCGGGUGGCGUUUACAGAUGGCUGCUGUUGGAGAGACAGGAUGGGCUCCCUCCAUGCGGCCGCGGCGGCGGUCGAGUGGAGGGAUGGCUCCUUCCAGCCUCUUAAAGUGAUGAAGCUCAACACCCACCCAUCAGCCCAGGCGGCGGAAGUCUUUGCUCUGGUGUUAGCUUUGCGACAAUGCAAGGGGGAGGCCGUGACCAUCUAUUCUGACUCCGCUUAUGCGGUGUCGGCGGCUUUGAUCGAUCUGGUAGGGUGGCUACAGAAUGGGUUCACGACGGCCAGAGGCUCGGAGAUUGCGCACAAGGAUUUGAUGUUGCAGUUGUUUGAGGCGUUGAAGUACCCGAGCGAGGUGGCCAUUGUCAAAGUGCCUGGUCACUCCAAAGCUGACACUUUAGUGGCUAGGGGGAAUCGAGCGGCUGAUGAAUUGGCCAAGCAGACGGCCGGGUACGGCGGGGCAGAGGACAUGAUGGUGUCCCGCGGUCCACUAAUUGUGGACGGGGAGCACCCCGACUCCUGUUUGCCUCUGUCACUCUCGCAUGCCGAUCUGUGUGCCGCCCAGGGUGCCACCUCCCCGGAACAAAAAUCGGUUUGGCUGGCAGCAAAGGCUGUCAAACGAUCAGAUGGCUUGUGGGUAGGACCCAAAGGACAGCCAGCUCUUCCGGAGGGAAGGCUGAUGUCGGAGAUCCUGACACAGGCUCACACACCUUCCCAUGUGGGUCCCCAUGCCAUGAUGAUCCAUCUUCGAAGUUGGUGGCAUCCCAAACUCUCGGAUGUGGUCUGGAAAUUCGUUGCAGAUUGUGAGUCUUGCCAGACGUUCAAUGCACGCCCUACGUUGAAACCAAAGCCCGGCCUGUUUCAGCCGGCCCCGUGGCCGGGGGCAGAGGUGAUCAUUGAUUUUACCGACAUGAGUACAAGAGUGAAUGGGAAACGCUUUUUGCUUGUGAUGGUUGACGCUUACUCAGGCUGGCCUGAGGCAUAUCCGUGCUCGAAAGAAGAUUCUACUGCUGUGAUCAAGGCUUUGAUCACCCAUUACAUCCCCACGCAUGGUUUCCCGGCCCUGAUCCGCUCUGACAAUGGUACACACUUUAACAACAAAGCCUUGGCCAAGGUAGAAUCAAUUUUGGGGUUGAAGCAUCGAUUCGGCUGUGUCUACCAUCCUCAGAGUCAGGGCGGAGUUGAACGUAUGAAUCGAACACUGAAGGAGAAAUUAGCCAAAAUUAUGGCUCAAACGACAAUGAAUUGGCUCCAAGCGCUCCCGCUUGCCUUGUUGUCUGUGCGGCAAUCCGUUAACAGGCGCACUGGAUUCGCACCAUUUGAAUUGAUGACGGGUCGUCUAAUGCCGGGACCAGCAACGACGCUCGUCCCACCAGAGGAUGUUACGGUACCAAAUUUGUCUCAUGCAGCAUACUGGUCCUAUUUGUCUGCUUUGGUGUCCAGUGUUUCUGCACAGAUUGGAGAGAAAUCCGCUGCGGCUGCGGCGGAGGAAGGCGUGUCAGCGGAGAAACAGCUCACGCCGUACGUGUACGUCCGAGUCAUCUCUAGAAAGUGGACGGACCCCCGGUGGAAGGGCCCCUUUCGUGUCUUGGCCAGGACGUCUCACGCGGCCCAGCUCGACUUCAAAGGACGCCGGUGGUAUCACUACUCACAACUCCGUCCGGCCCCAGAGUUUGUUCCGUCAGGAUGAAGGUAUUCCUGUUUGGCCGUGUCCCGGACCCGGCCAAAAGGGGGGGAACAGAAGGAACAAUACGGAAAAGGAAAGGUUUUUGGGAAUUUUCAGAAUUAUUUUUAGUAGGAGUGCUAUGUGUGAGUUGUCUUUUUGUGUGGGCAUUGAUGACAAUUGAUGAGACCAUCCAGCAGAAAACGUCCCAAAUUCAAAAUUCACCCACCAACAAACAAUACCGAUGCAGAGGAAAAGUAGUCUAUGAAGCUGAGGUGAACACAACAGAAGAGCUCUCACGAGAGGAACAGGAAGGUUUGAGACAGAGAUGUGACAGCAAAAAUUGGCAAACGUAUGUCACGUUGUCUAAUUGGACAGAGACCAACCAAACCUUACAUGACAAAUUGGAAAAGUACCAGAGAAGGGUGUGGAGGAACCAAAUUCAACAAGUAAAGAGAGUAUUGGAUUUAGCCCCACCCGAUAGAGAAGGGACAUGUAUUUACCAAUGUAAAGAAGAUGGACAGUUUGUUGUUGCUUCGUGUCAUGGGAAAAAAGAAAGCCCAUUUUUGACAACCAUGUGACUCAACAAAAUAUGACAUGUUUAAAGUUAAACGGAACCGGCAUAAGUAUUGGGACAAUAGAUCCCACAUGGUGCAAAGUCAAUUUGUCACUGAAUGUAACCUCUCCUCUCUCUCGUGCAGACAUCUGGUUGUGGUGUGGUGAUGACAAAUUAUAUGAUCGCUUGCCGAAGAACGCAUCAGGUAUCUGUGCCCUCGUGUCUUUGAUAAUGCCUGUGGUGGUUGUCCCCAUUGAAAUACAGAAUCUCAAUUGGGACCUGGAGUUCCCACUGGCGGAGCUCCUGAAGCGAGCCAAAAGAGACGUUUUGCCCCCGUGGUUGAACGACGACGAUCCAACAUAUAUUGACGCUAUAGGAGUGCCCCGGGGUGUACCAGAUGAGUAUAAACUCGCUAAUCAAGUGGCUUCGGGAUUCGAAAGUAUCUUCCUAUGGAUCACCCCCAAUAAAAAUGUAGACCGCAUUAAUUACGUUCAUUACAAUGUCCAACGACUGGGUAAUUAUACAGCUGAAUCAUUCGCCGCAGUUCAUGAACAAUUGGCUGCAACGUCGUUAAUGGCGUUCCAAAAUAGAAUUGCGUUGGACAUGUUAUUGGCUAAGGAACAUGGUGUAUGUGGAAUGUUUGGUGACGCAUGUUGUACUUUUAUCCCAAACAACACGGCACCAGGGGGCCGACUGACCAGGGCGUUGGAAGGACUAAGGACACUGAACAAAAAGAUGAAAGAUCAUUCAGGUGUACACACCGAUAUUUGGUAUGAUUGGAUGAAAGCGUUUGGAAACUGGAAAGGGCUCAUCAUGUCUGUGCUUGUUGCUGUGGCUAUUUUCACUACAAUCAUGAUAUUAUGCGGUUGUUGUUGUAUUCCAUGUAUUAGAUCACUCACUGUCCGGUUGAUCGAGAAAACCGUUGGCCCGUUGCCACCGAUGGGGCAAUAUGUCCUGUUGACUCAACAUGAGCCGCAGGGGGAAGGAAGGAUCGACACCACGCUGGUGGCUGUUUGCUAGGGUAACGGGUGAUGACCUCAUAAAUGAGGUCAUGAGAGGGAAUAAAGGGAAAUGUGCUUUUGGGAGUUUGCAAACAUAUUUUAAGGUUGUGUUAAACUUAUAAUCAUAUUAAUAUCUAGUAUUGGAGUGCUCGUGUGGAUUGGUGGGGCCGAGGAAUGUGCAGGCAAACUGUAUGAACUUGUUUUCUCGGAAGUGUUGUGUAUAGUUCUAGACAGGGAGUACCGGACGAGAUAAUCUCAAGGUCGGUGAGCUACGAGAACAACGAGCAACUAUAUGAAACCAGACUUCGAGGGGAAAACCAAACCGUCUGACCUCAGCGACACCUGGACGGGGAGGAGAUGGCCAUCCACCAAUCAUCUCACAAUAUUUUGCAUGCUUUAAUAUUCAUAUUGUGUUUCUUUAAAACUGGGCAACCCGGAAGAAUGUGUCGUCUUUGGUGGUCACAAAAACGCACGAGUUUUAGUGUGAGGGACCCGGGACCCAGGCCUGUAUUAGUGCGCUUUGUCAGGAAUAAAUAAUUGGUAAAUUUGGUCUAAUUGA